GCCUUUUCUUCACAACUCCUCUCUCUUUGCAGUCAUUUGGCGGCACUUUGCGAACUGCUUCCGGCGGCCAUCCCUUCGCUCGCGCUUUCGCUCAUUUCCGUCACUUUCGGCGCCUUUGACUCGAAACGCGUUUUCCAGCGCUUCGACCGCGCGCUCCGCUGUCCCGCCGAUUCGCCCGCUCUCUCGGACGACGCACUCGCGGAGGACGAGCACCUGUGGCGGCGCGCCGGCGGCUGUCAGUUCGCGGGCGCCGCCAUCUUCCGCCUCACGGAAAGUCACGCGGAAGUCGUGAAACGCGUCUCCGAAUACUUGUUCGACGUCACGGAACACAAGGCGUGGUUAACGGAAUACAACGUCAGACACAACCUCUCGAAUCCCUAUCGCGUCGACGAAGGUCUUCAAGACUUCCAAUCCGUCUACUAUUCGCUGCAGGCUUUGAUGCGAACGGCGAAGAGCGCGCUCUCCGAAGUGUACGACAAGAACACCGUUUUCGAAUGGAUCGAACAAAACGUCUUUCCGUACGUUCUGAAGAUGGACGCGCUUUGGAACGCGUCCCUCGCGCUCAAGAAGGCGUCUCAUUGGCCGCGACGACCGCUCCCAGUAUUGGCCGACUUAGAGCGCAGACUCGACGACAAGAACACGAACUUUAACUAUAAUUAACGCAAAAGUAUUGAACGAAAAACUAGUCAUAAAUUAAUUGAAAUUCAUGUCAAAUAAAAACUCAUUUCUCAUCCGAAAAAA